AUGGCCUCUUCGACUGUCCCAGCCGCAUCCACGACCACGAGUCUCGGCUCGCCCUCCGCGACAUCAACAAGCACCUCAUCCAGCCCAAAUCCCACCCUUCCGUUCAGUUUCCUCAUCGCCCUAGUCGCCAUCUUCGUCUUCUUUCUCGGUUGUGGUUUCGGUUCACGCCGCCUGUCCAUCGAGCUCCGGCGCAACCUCGGACGACUCCAAGCAAAUGGUGGCCGCGCACAACCCCCAAUCCCCGCAUUAUGGGAUCCGCUUUCCGUCACAUAUAUCCGCCAGGAGGAAUGGGGGGACACAGCGCCUGCUCUCCCUCGACGUCCGCGCCUCCCGCUUCGUCAGCGCAUAAUAGACUACAUACCCUUCUUUUCCCUUCUCGUCGCAGUCCGUGCAAUGAGACGCGCGCGAGCGCACCCGGGCAUAAACUCCCUCGAGGCUUACUCUUAUGCGCACGGACUCAUCGAAAUGCCACCUCCGCCGCCACCCGUGCGUGCGCUGCAAGUCACAGUGUUGGUGGCCAUGCCCUCGCCGGAUCGCCCGUAUGCGAAGCGGCCCUUGUCCAUGGAUUCGAGGCUAGAGGACGCUGCCAUAAAUCUACCACGACUAUCCUAUGCCGGAGGGCUGGAGCAAGAUGCGCAGAAGAGGGUUAGUACGGGGAAAGAGCGCGCGAGCGUGACUUAUAUCGACUCGCCGCUGGAAGAGACACCUCUUUCAAUAUUAAACAUUGGGGAGUACGCAAUCGGUACGCUUCAGAUGCCUUGGGAAGUGAACGAGGGGGAGAUGUGA